AUGCACACGUCUGCAUCAGUCUGCAUCACGCACACGUCCGCCUCACGCACACGUCCGCCUCACGCACACGUCCGCCUCACGCACACGUCCGCCUCACGCACACGUCCGCCUCACGCACACGUCCGCCUCACGCACACGUCCGCCUCACGCACACGUCCGCCUCACGCACACGUCCGCCUCACGCACACGUCCGCCGCACGCACACGUCCGCAUCAGUCUGCAUCACGCACACGUCUGCAUCAGUCUGCAUCACGCACACGUCUGCAUCAGUCUGCAUCACGCACACGUCCGCCUCACGCACACGUCCGCCUCACGCACACGUCUGCAUCAGUCUGCAUCACGCACACGUCCGCCUCACGCACACGUCUGCAUCGGUCUGCAUCACGCACACGUCCGCAUCACGCACACGUCCGCCUCACGCACACGUCCGCCUCACGCACACGUCCGCCUCACGCACACGUCCGCCUCACGCACACGUCCGCCUCACGCACACGUCCGCCUCACGCACACGUCCGCCUCACGCACACGUCCGCCUCAGUCUGCAUCACGCACACGUCUGCAUCAGUCUGCAUCGCGCACACGUCUGCCUCACGCACACGUCUGCAUCAGUCUGCCUCACGCACACGUCUGCAUCAGUCUGCCUCACGCACACGUCUGCCUCAGUCUGCCUCACGCACACGUCUGCAUCAGUCUGCAUCACGCACACGUCUGCAUCAGUCUGCAUCACGUCUGCAUCAGUCUGCCUCACGCACACGUCUGCAUCAGUCUGCCUCACGCACACGUCUGCAUCAGUCUGCAUCACGUCUGCAUCAGUCUGCCUCACGCACAUGUCUGCCUCAGUCUGCAUCACGCACACGUCUGCCUCAGUCUGCAUCACGCACACGUCUGCCUCAGUCUGCAUCACGCACACGUCUGCCUCAGUCUGCAUCACGCACACGUCUGCCUCAGUCUGCAUCACGCACACGUCUGCCUCAGUCUGCAUCACGCACACGUCUGCCUCAGUCUGCAUCACGCACACGUCUGCCUCACGCACACGUCUGCAUCAGUCUGCAUUGCGCACACGUCUGCAUUGCGCACACGUCCGCACCGCGCACACGUCCGCACCGCGCACACGUCCGCCUCACGCACACGCACACGUCUGCCUCACGCACACGUCUGCAUCAGUCUGCCUCGCGCACACGUCCGCCUCGCGCACACGUCCGCCUCGCGCACACGUCCGCCUCGCGCACACGUCCGCCUCGCGCACACGUCCGCCUCGCGCACACGUCCGCCUCGCGCACACGUCCGCCUCGCGCACACGUCCGCCUCGCGCACACGUCCACACCUCACGCACACGUCCACACCUCACGCACACGUCCACACCUCACGCACACGUCCACACCUCACGCACACGUCCACACCUCACGCACACGUCCACACCUCACGCACACGUCCACACCUCACGCACACGUCCACACCUCACGCACACGUCCACACCUCACGCACACGUCCACACCUCACGCACACGUCCACACCUCACGCACACGUCCACACCUCACGCACACGUCCACACCUCACGCACACGUCCACACCUCACGCACACGUCCACACCUCACGCACACGUCCACACCUCACGCACACGUCCACACCUCACGCACACGUCCACACCUCACGCACACGUCCACACCUCACGCACACGUCCGCCUCACGCACACGUCCGCCUCACGCACACGUCCGCCUCACGCACACGUCCGCCUCACGCACACGUCCGCCUCACGCACGUCCGCCUCACGCACACGUCCGCCUCACGCACACGUCCGCCUCACGCACACGUCCGCCUCACGCACACGUCCGCCUCACGCACACGUCCGCCUCACGCACACGUCCGCCUCACGCACACGUCCGCCUCACGCACACGUCCGCCUCACGCACACGUCCGCCUCACGCACACGUCCGCCUCACGCACACGUCCGCCUCACGCACACGUCCGCCUCACGCACACGUCCGCCUCACGCACACGUCCGCCUCACGCACACGUCCGCUCACGCACACGUCCGCCACGCACACGUCGCUCACGCACACGUCCGCCUCACGCACACGUCCGCCUCACGCACACGUCCGCCUCACGCACACGUCCGCCUCACGCACACGUCCGCCUCACGCACACGUCCGCAUCAGUCUGCAUCACGCACACGUCUGCAUCAGUCUGCAUCACGCACACGUCCGCCUCACGCACACGUCUGCAUCGGUCUGCAUCACGCACACGUCCACCUCACGCACACGUCCGCCUCACGCACACGUCCGCCUCACGCACACGUCCGCCUCACGCACACGUCCGCCUCACGCACACGUCCGCCUCACGCACACGUCCACCUCACGCACACGUCCACGUCUCACGCACACGUCCACGUCUCACGCACACGUCCACGUCUCACGCACACGUCCACCUCACGCACACGUCCACCUCACGCACACGUCCACUCACGCACGCCUCACGCACACGUCCGCCUCACGCACACGUCCGCCUCACGCACACGUCCGCCUCACGCACACGUCCGCCUCACGCACACGUCCGCCUCACGCACACGUCCGCCUCACGCACACGUCCACCUCACGCACACGUCCACCUCACGCACACGUCCACCUCACGCACACGUCCACCUCACGCACACGUCCACGCCUCACGCACACGUCCGCCUCACGCACACGUCCGCCUCACGCACACGUCCGCCUCACGCACACGUCCGCAUCACGCACACGUCCGCCUCACGCACACGUCCGCCUCACGCACACGUCUGCCUCACGCACACGUCCGCCUCACGCACACGUCCACCUCACGCACACGUCCACCUCACGCACACGUCCACCUCACGCACACGUCCACCUCACGCACACGUCCACCUCACGCACACGUCCACCUCACGCACACGUCCACCUCACCACACACGCACACGUCCACCUCACGCACACGUCCACCUCACGCACACGUCCACCUCACGCACACGUCCACCUCACGCACACGUCCACCUCACGCACACGUCCACCUCACGCACACGUCCACCUCACGCACACGUCCACCCCAUGCACACGUCCACACGUCCACACCUCAUGCACACGUCCACACCUCAUGCACACGUCCACCUCAUGCACACGUCCGCCUCAUGCACACGUCCACACCUCAUGCACACGUCCACCUCAUGCACACGUCCGCACCGCGCACACGUCCGCACCGCGCACAGGACUGGGCGAUAUGGCUGA